AUGGCUCAGCUAGAGUCCUUUCCAAAUGAGUUAUCUCUAUUAAAGAAAGGUAAGCCUGUCCCUCAAGCUAAUGUCGCAUCCCUUAACCCAUUUAUUGAUAGCGAAGGUGUCAUGCGAGUUGGGGGUCGUAUAGGCUCAUCUAAUUAUCCCUACGACAAAAAACACCCCAUUCUUUUAAAGUCAGAUCACCAUCUAACAAAACUGUUAUUCGAAUUAGAGCACGAACAACUAAUGCACGCUGGACCUCAACAUCUCCUCGCCUCUAUGAGAGAGCGCUAUUGGCCAAUCGGAGGUAGAGCACUAGCACGACGCGUCACUCGUCAUUGUUUCGUGUGUCGUCGAUUCAAGGGUCAGACUUUAAAUAAUAUCAUGGGGAAUCUGCCCUCUGACAGAGUGGAACCUGAUUUUCCUUUCCACACUGUAGGCACUGAUUUUGCUGGACCAUUUCUAAUAACUGAUCGCAAGGGAAGAGGCUGCAAAAUAACCAAAUGCUACCUAUGCAUUUUUGUAUGCUUCCGUUACAAAUGUGUCCACCUAGAAGCCGUAAGUGACCUAACAAAGGAUUCAUUUAUUCUCACUCUCUCUAGGUUUAUAAGUCGUAGAGGCAAGCCAAAAGCAAUAUACUGUGACAACGGCCGAAACUUUGUUGCUGCAGCUAAGGAGAUCAACAGUUUUCUAACGUCACAAGCUGACUCUAUAGUUGACUUUGCAGCUCGUCGGGGCAUUGAAUUUCGCUUCUCACCUGCGUACGCUCCUCACUUCGGCGGUCUCUGGGAGGCCGGUGUAAAGUCAGCCAAAUUCCACAUGCAUAGAGUAUUAAAAGACACUCAUUUAACUUUCGAGGAACUGGCGUCUCUAUUUGCUCAAAUCGAAGCAAUCCUAAAUAGCCGUCCCCUAUGUCCAAUCAGUCCCUCACCAAAUGAUCUUUCUCCCCUUACCCCGGGCCACUUUUUGAUAGGCAGGCCACUAACGGCCUCACCAUCUCCGUGUCUACUGGAAGCUAAUCCGAAUCGCCUCGAUCGUUUCCAGCGCCUCGAGCAGUACCGGCAACACUUCUGGAAGCGGUGGUCGAGCGAGUACGUCGCCGAACUCCAGCAGCGCACGAAGUGGAAGACGAGAGCCACGGACCUGCUCCUAGAUGACCUGGUCCUCAUCAAGGAAGACGCUGCUCCCCCCCUGUGCUGGCGGCUCGGCAGAGUCGACAAGCUGUACCCGGGCUCCGACGGCGUGCCUCGCGUCGCCGACGUGCGCACUACCCACGGCACAGUGCGGAGAGCGCUAAAUCGUCUCUGCAUCCUACCUACUCCUCAAGCCAAUGAAUCUUGAAAGCCGAAGCUUUCAAGGGCCGGGAAGAUGUCUACGCCGGUCUUUAGUUCAACGUAAAUUCAGAAAUUUAAUAAUGUGUGCGUCUUGCAUUAUAUAAAGUAAAUAAUAAAUAUUAAUAAUUAAUAAAACUAGAAUUGUAUAAAUAAAUAAUUUAAAGUAAAUAAAUAUAAAGCGUUAAAGUAUUCUAAUAACUAAUCUAACAUAAUUUCUAAACGCACACACUUAGUCAUCCGCACUGCGUAUUAGACACGUAUGCGGUUACCGAUCCAACGUCACUUCCCUACUUACCGCGACGCAAGAACCAUUGUCGGGUCUAAUUGUACAAGUGCCAAUUUAUUUGCUAAUUUAAAAUAUAGCACUACAACUGAAGUCAA